AUGGCUAUCCUUGAGAUUAUCGAUAUCUACUCUAAUUCUGAGCGACGUCACCAUCCCUUCCUGUCUCUUAUGCUGACACGGGUUCUCAACCAGGGAGACCACCAAUCCAAAAUGAUCACCGCAGCAGGCGCAGGGGCCUCCUUCUGCCUGGCGACACCGGCUCGCCUGCGACCGCAGAACCAGCGUAAUCCACGGGUUCUUGGGGCCGGGCAAGCUUCACAAACGACCCUCGGAAACUAUAAUCUUCAACGAACUCAGUCCGCGGCAUCUAAUUAUUCUCAAAGUCCAAAUUCUACUUACGCACCUUCCAUCAACUCUCCAACCCGGGCGGAUAGAAUACCCGAGGUUACAGAGAUAUCAAAAUCGCGCCCGUUUUUUCCCGCCCCCCUCUCACCGCCAAUAUCUCAUCCCGUGUUUCGUAAUCCCUCGUUUUCUGCGUCUUCUGCGGCACUUUAUCAUGAUGCAUUACUUCAAGAGGAUGGGUUGCUCAGGCCCAAAUCACCAGGGUCGUUAUACAGCUAUAAUACAACUUCAUCGGAUGCUACUGCACGACAAUUCAGCAGUAUAUCAGAAUCACUAGAGCCCGAGGAAAUAUCAGAUGAUGACGGGGAAAUCUCACCGACUUCACCAGCUGCCCCCCGACAAUUCCCACCUUGCAUGGCUAGUCCCCUACCAGGGGUCAUGUCCCGCGUUCAUAACUCCCAGCUAGACUUACAGGCGUUUAACAGCAAUUCUGGCGAUCUCCUAGUUUUUCAAACUUCGGAUUCUCCUACGAGUCCUGAUGAUACUCAUAGAAUAUCCGAUGCGAUGACCUAUUCCUUGGAUCAAAGCUCGCAGGAAAUUUGUAUCGUUGUAUUGGGAAUGGAGAACUCUGGAAAAAGCACAUUUAUACAAAAAUACAAUGGGCCAAAGAGAACACCUAUUAAUGGUGUUAGCCAAAGAGUUUACCGUUACGGCGAUUUAAGAUAUGUCGUUAGACUUGUCGAGAUGGAUUUAAGCGCUCUUGAUAUCAGAAGUAGUAAUUUCACUUGGCCAUCUCUGCACGACGGCACUGAGAUCAUGACCGCCGACGGAAUCUUGGUUAUUUUUGAUGUAAAUGAUAGAACAAGCUUGGAUAAAGUCCCGGAUGUUACAGAUUUCUUUUUCAAGGCCGAAAUUCCUACGAUUCUUGUGGCGUCAAAAUGUGACUCGCCCAUUCAGAUGCGCGAUUUACAGCCUGAAGCUGUUGAAGAGUUAAAGCAUAGCUUGGGCGUAGAGGUCGUGGAGACAUCCUCAUCGGACGGCGGACAAAGCCAGAAGAGAUGUGUCUCCUUGAUGCUUUCCAACAUCAUCCAGCGCAAAGCCGAAGUGAAAGCAGCGACACAAGCGAAUGAACGGAGACGAACAAACUCUGGAUACAGUGCACGAUCUGUUUCGCCAUUUUCCGACCCUAAGCCAAAUCAUGGUCGCGCAAGCUCAGAGUUAUCGAUAUCUAUUUCAAAAACUCGAGAUAUUUCGGAGGGAGGGAAGGGACAUCAUGGGAGGGCAACGAGAUCACUAUCUGCCUCGAGUGGUAUGCUCCUGUCGCCAAGCCGAACCUCGCAUUCAACUCCAAGUUCGCCUAUGUCGAAUAUUAGGGCAUACACUCAGGAUUUCAAUCCAUCCUUUGGGAGGGAAACUGCAGACGAAGAUGAUUUCUCUUACUUAAAUGCCGACCAUGCCGCAUAUAGUAGUGUGGCAGCCAACUUUUUACGAUCAAAAAGCACAUCUGCUGCUUCUCCUCACGUCUUACAAGGAAAACCUGAACACUCAUCGUCACUCAGUGAGGUUAUGUUCGAUCGGGAUCAAGCUCUGCAGCGGAUAAAUUCUGGUUCUGGCCAAUAUACUGGUGUUGCAUGGGAAGAUCUAGUCGACAGAUUACUUGCGUACCCUAUGUCGAGGGCGGACCAGGAUUUUGCGACCGUUAUGCUUUGUUUUUUCAGAAAGUUUGCGGCGCCAGUCGACCUUUUAGAUUCUAUUUUAGCGAAGUUCGAAAGGGUCAGUAAGGACGAACCUAUCAUCCUCCUUCAAAUGAACGAAAAGAUAAGGAUACUAUCAAGGUUGCACUGGUGGGUUUGGGAGUGCCCUGGGGAUUUUGCGAAUCCAGAUACAAGACAACGGACGGUGGAUUUCGCCCGUUCUCUCGAAGGCAACCGGACUUUUGCUGGUAUGGCAAAGGAUAUUAUUGCGAUUUUGAAGGAUGGUAUUGAGGAUGAAGAUCAAAUCUGGGGAAAGAAAGACACAGACUCACACCGAUUCAGCAUGCCAGGAUAUAUGGCAAUCCACCCACCUAGCAGCCCGACAUUCCCUAUGCAUAUUACACAACCGUAUCUUCAGCCAAAUGCCCCACCGCCUCGCAAUAUGUCAAUAGUUUCGACCUUAUCAUUCAAAUCUGGCGCGAGUGAUGACAAUAGCUUCACAGCGUACAGCCCCGUCGCCGAGAGAACUAGGAAGGACAGCUAUAUCUCAAAUACAUCUCUCAGCCCUACACUAGAUGCCCAAGCAGGGAUGAUGAAUAUCUCGAGUCUGCUGGAUUCUAUACCCUAUGGCCAAACAGGCCCAAGGGGAGUCGGUGAACAAUAUUCAAUAUUCAUGGAACUUCCCGAUGAAGACAUCGCACAUGAGCUCACACGAAUAGAUUGGACUAUGUUCAGUCGUAUCAAACCUCGAGACUUCGUGCGACACGUUAGUGUGCCGGCCGCAGAGAAAGAAAGGAUGCCGAGCUUGAAAUACAUGAACAAAUUAAUUGUCCACUUCAAUCGUGUUGCGUAUUGGGUCGCAAGUAUUAUCCUGGAGCGCCCGAAGGCAAAGCACAGAGCAAGGGCACUGGAAAAGUUUAUGAACAUUGCAUGGAUCCUUCGCCACAUGAACAAUUACAACUCUCUAGGCGCCGUAAUUGCAGGUGUAAACGGCCUAGCCAUUCAUCGUCUCACUCUAACUCGUAGCCUUGUCAACGAGGCUAUUCAUAAAAACUUUAUGCGUCUCGAACUUUUGAUGGGGACUCACAAAAGCCACUUUGCCUAUCGGCUAGCGUUGGAAAACACCACGACAGAACAUAUUCCUUUCAUUGCGCUUCACCGAAAGGACCUCGUAUCUGCCGACGAGGGAAAUAGAAGCUUUCUAGGCGACGGUGCUAGGAUCAAUUGGAGGAAAUUCGAAAUUAUGGGGGAUAUCCUUCUUACAGUGACAAACAGUCAAUCGAUGCCCCAUAGAGAUCUGAGACCCAAUCCUAUGACUAACCAACUGAUCUUUGACGCCACGGGAACUAUAAAUGACGAUCAACUCAUGGAAGGAUUCUCGGAACUAUAUGAAAGGAGCGUUCUCCUAGAACCCGGAAACCACAUGCAAGAUGCACAACGUGCGAAGAGAGGGUGGUUCAAACGAUGA